AUGAUCAGUAUUAUCACCGAAGACCACACACUACUGUAUUCCUCUCUCACGAUGUCCCUAGACUACAGCAUGUAUCUGCAACCACUCAUUGCGUUUUCUCUUACGACCCUCAAGGAGCAAAAUCUUGGAGAGUUGUCGUGGGAAAGCGAAGGGUAUCGCUGUUGCCUUCAGCAAGUGGAAGUUGGAAGGCUAGAAUCGUAUAAGCUGUAUGUCCUUUUUGUUGCCCCCAGAGCGUGCCCGGCCGUCGAAGCCUCCUUUAGGUGCAGAAUACUUUUUGGCGUCAUCCGCACUGUCCUGGGCCCGUAUGACUUUAUCUACGAAGGAUUACAUAGUCCUAUGCAGCGGCUAAGCCAAUCCAUACCAGUUUUAAACGCUGUUAUGCAGAGGGCCAGCCGUUUGCUCAAGUGGGAGCCCGGCCUGUACUGGCCCUUACCUCUGGCCCUUCCCACCAUUCGCUGCACACUGAUGCAGACCGGCGUUCUAUUUAAUUCUCUCAGUACAGUUCUCACCGAGGCACAUAGGGAUAUCAUGGAUCAAGCGUACACCUCAGGCGCGAAAGCAGAUUGUUUGGACCUCAGAGCAAACAUCAUCCUGUCUACGCGGUUGGUAGCGUUUUUAGAUGCGCAUUUACUUGAUAUUACUUCCUGCGAACCACCCCCCAAAGGCCUUCUUCCCCGCGACUAUUUGUCUCACUCCAACUAUAUAUCCAUGCUUGCUCAUAGUACGUUCUAUUCUAAGCUACACAGCAUACUGACUGACAAGUGGGGAGAUGAUCCCGAAUUCCCAAGGACCACUACUUCACAGAAGGACGCAGGCUGUAUUCUCGAUAAGUUUAUGGGAUCACUGGAAGAGCAAGACCUGAAUACUGUGGAGGUAUCUGAGUACUUCAGCAAAAGCUAUCAUAUUAUGAACCUAACUUGUCAAGGAAGUGAAGUAACAGGCAUAGUUGUCCAGCAAGCGCUAGACUCCUAUUCCUACAGUGAUCAUACGGCAGAGAACCUCCGGAUUCCUGUUUUUACACUUUUCUACUGCGUGCUAAUGACGAGCAAUUUGGUUCAGCAGCUGGAGCAAAGGUACCAGAACAACUUGGAAGCAUUUGCAACAGUGGUUCACGAAACGCUACACUCAACUUGCUUCCAACGGGCACGCAAGCUCUUUCCAGCCAUGUUUCCUCCGUUAUACAUCCAGGCAUGCCAUCCGUUGAAGGCAAUGACAUCUCACUAUCUACAUGCAGUGUCGCGUAAUAAAUGCUUAGCAUUCAUUGCAUCCAACCACACAUUCAAAGAAACUCUCACACACAGCGUCCAUGGUUUGCUGGAGGAGGCCUCCUGUUUCUUACCAUCUUCUGAAUCCCAACGAAGCCACAAUUCCAUGAGUAGCGAAAAUGAGUGCUCUUUAGUAGAUACGCAAAUAUGUCAGCUAAGGACGGGCGUGGAAGCCAUUAGGGCUGCUUUCACAAGUAUGUUCUUCUUUAGACACAAUUGUAUGGGAGCCGGACUCCGGUUCUCAGUACAGAAGAGGGAGGAUAAAAUGAUGGUGUUUUGGAUGACACACAUACACAUUUAUGAUCAGAUGCCCGGGGUUACAGGCACCGGUAAGACAAAGACAAAAGCUCCGAGGGCAGACAGUGUUCCGUGGGAAAUUAUCGACCACACAAUUCCAGGUGCCCAGAUGGCCUCGUGCUUCAGCGUACUAAAGAUCCCUCUUCACAGAACGCUCAUACAGAGCAUGUGCGCCAGCGGUACAUAUCCUGUUACUAAUGGAUACUCCGGCGACUCUACACAGUCACUGGACAGGUCAGAGCUACUGGCGACAGGAGCAUCAGGAAGGGCGUCGUUUGAAUCAACUCCAAAGAGAUCGACGUCGGCUUCCAGAAACUCUGUCAAAGCAUCGCAGCAUAGCGGUGGCGCAGGGCAAUCCAGGGCAGGCUCAAACAGGCGAUCGCUUCUUGGAUCAGCGUUUCGUAGAACGCCCUCCCUGGCCAAUAGCGUCGUACUAGAUGUACCAAGUCCUAGCCAAGCGCCUGAGGUAGCAAAGUGGUGCGAGGCACACUACAAGUCUGCCCACCUUAUCGACAUGGUGGCCGUUUUCACAAGUGACACCAGCCUGAAUGAAGCAACAUCCUAUAUAGUCCAAGUAUUGGAUAAGAUUGUCCAGAACAGGUAUGCUAAAGGCAUGUUCCUCUAG